AUGGAGGGGGGCAAGGCCACGGCACGGCCCUCUGCGACGAGGAGGCUCGGCGCAGUAUGGAAGAAGAAGCUGAAGGGGGCUGGUGGCGGGCUGGGCGGGCUGGCGGUGAUGGCCCUCGUGGGGCUGGUGGCCUUCGUGUGCGGCGUGGCCGUGCUCACCCUGGCGGCCUUCAGCCUGACCGACCUUCGCCACACCCACCUCAGCUUCGUCUCAACGGACUGCACCAUCAUCGACCACAUCGCCACCACCCGCACCCGCUGCAGCCACGGCUGCCGUACGCUGCUGGUGGUGGCGUUCAAGCCUCGGCCGGAGCACGCCGGGGACGGCAUAAUGAUGGAGCAGGUCCACACCACGGCUCGCUGGCGCGCCGGUCAUCAGUGGCAGGAGGAGGGCACGGCGCGCGGCUUCUUCCGCCGCAACCCGGUCAACGUCACGCGCGAGUGCUUCUACGACCCGCGCAACCUCGCCAGCGUGGUGAUGGAGAAGGAGUUCGUGAGCGUGCUCUCCUUCUGGGCCUGGCUCGGCGGUAGUCUGCUCGUGAGCGUGCUGUGCAUCUUGGUGGCCGCGUACCUGUUCUACCUCGUCAUCCUCUGGGCGCCGUUGGGCAAGUUCGGCUUCGGCGGCCCAACCGCCGAUGAUCGAGUGCGGCCGCCGCCCGGCGGCGCCAUCAACGCCGCAUCGCACGACUACGGCACCUUCGUGGGCGGGCCGGCCGGCGACUACACCGAGAUCGGCGACGGGAGCGACAGCGACGAAGACGUGGAGAUCGAGCUUCAGCCUCGGCGCAAGCAAGCUGAGCGAUUGAAAGCGAGAGCACUCUCGUGA